AAAAAAAAGUCAUAUUAUUGCUGGCCUCUUUUCUCUUCCUUAUCUUCUCCAGUUCCCCUCUGUACCUCUCUCGAAGCUUGCGCCUCUCUUCACGAGCACUUCUUUCUUCACUCUCUCAUCACAAACCCCCAAAAUAUAUUCUUUUCUAACCCAAAAAAAAAAAAAAAAAAAAAAAAAUUAAAGAAAACCACUCCCCAAAAAUCUGAAAGUUGACACAAAAAAUCAGACCUUUUCCCUUCAAACUCCUUCCCCAUUGAUGGAAAAAAUCAUCCAUCUUUCUUGAAACCAUUUGCUUCUCAAAUUGCAGCACUUGUCAAAAAAACCCAAUAAUCUCAAAAAAAAAAAAAAAAAAAAAAAAAAAAAUACCCCCACAAAAAGAAAAAGAAAAAAUGAAGAGAUAUCGUGAUAGAGAAAAAACCCAAAUCCAUGGCAAAGCUAAGAUUUGGGAAGAAGAAGAAGAAGAACAAGAUGCUGGUAUGGAUGAACUUUUAGCUGUUUUAGGCUAUAAAGUUAAAUCCUCAGAUAUGGCUGAAGUUGCAAACAAACUUGAACAGCUUGAAAUGGCUAUGGGUACAAAUAUGGAAGAUGGUAUAACUCAUCUUUCAACUGAUACAGUUCAUAAAAACCCAUCAGAUCUUUCUGGUUGGGUACAAAGCAUGUUGUCCGAGCUUAGUCACACUUCGAUUUCAACUAAUUUCGAGGAGAAUAACUUAAGUUUGUCAAAUGGAUCUACUUCUGCAACAAGAAUCAUAUCUGAUGAUGAUUUAAGAGCAAUUCCAGGUGGUGCUGUUUUCAACACCAACAUUCGCAAACUCAACGAACCAGAUUUAAUAUCAUCAGAGAGUACUAGUAACAGUAGUACUAAUAAACGGUUGAGAUCGAGUUUCUCUUCUUCGGGUUCAAUUACAGAUUCAUCAACAAGGCCUGUUGUACUUGUUGAUUCACAAGAAACUGGUGUUAGACUUGUACAUACUUUAAUGGCAUGUGCUGAAGCUGUGCAACAAGAGGAGUUUAAUGUAGCUGAUGCCCUCGUUCGACAUAUCGGAAUACUUGCGGUUUCCCAGUCCGGUGCUAUGAGAAAAGUUGCAACUUAUUUUGCAGAAGCGUUAGCUCGAAGGAUUUACAAAAUCUACCCACAAGAUUAUUCAAUUGAAUCAUCUUACACAGAUGUGUUGCAGAUGCACUUUUAUGAAACGUGCCCGUAUCUCAAAUUCGCUCAUUUUACAGCAAAUCAAGCGAUUCUUGAAGCUUUUACAAAUUGCAAUAAAGUUCAUGUUGUUGAUUUCAGUCUAAAACAGGGUAUGCAAUGGCCUGCUCUAAUUCAAGCUUUAGCUUUACGGCCUGGUGGGCCACCAGCAUUCCGGUUAACCGGAAUUGGCCCACCACAGCCUAAUAACACCGACGCGUUACAACAAGUUGGAUGGAAAUUAGCUCAAUUAGCUGAAACAAUCGGGGUGGAAUUUGAAUUUCGUGGAUUUGUAGCUAACUCAUUAGCAGAUCUAGAUGUUUCUAUUCUCGAUAUUCGGGAAACUGAGGCUGUGGCUGUUAACUCCGUGUUCGAGCUGCAUAGGUUGUUGUCUAAACCUGGGAUGAUUGAGAAAGUAUUGAAUCUUAUCAAGAAAAUGAAUCCCAAGAUCGUCACGAUAGUCGAGCAGGAAGCAAACCACAACGCGAGCGUGUUCCUGGACAGGUUUAACGAGGCUUUGCAUUAUUACUCAACCAUGUUCGACUCGUUGGAAAGUUCGGUAACUCUAACUCAGCCUGUUAACAAUCAAGAUUUGGUUAUGUCCGAGGUGUAUUUAGGGAGACAAAUAUGUAAUGUUGUGGCAUGUGAAGGUUCAGACCGAGUCGAACGACACGAGACACUGAGUCAAUGGCGAGUUCGUAUGAACUCAUCAGGGUUCGACCCGGUACAUCUCGGGUCGAACGCUUUUAAACAAGCGAGUAUGCUAUUAGCGUUAUUUGCUGGCGGUGACGGCUAUCGAGUGGAAGAAAAUGACGGUUGUUUGAUGCUCGGGUGGCAUACGCGCCCGUUAAUUGCCACGUCAGCUUGGCAACUCACGGCGGCGCGUGACGAGUGAUAGUGAGUCGGUUGCGUGGGUUGGGGUGGUGAUUGAGAGGUUGAAGGAACACCAAAUCAUGUCUUUUACUUUUUAACCCUUCUUUAUUUAUAAGUCAGCCUUUUUUUUUUUUUUAACUUUUUAACCACUCUAUAUUUUUGUUGUAGUUUUUUUCUUUUUUCUUUUUUCUUUUAUGGGUUGGUUUUUUUGGUUUCCCCAGUCAUCUGUAUGUCAAGGUGUAUCUAUGCUUGGCCGCAAUAAAGAAAGGCUAGAGAGUGAUUUGGUGUUGGGGAAAAACUUCGAUUUCAUUUUGGCUGAUUGGGAGUUGUGAAAUAAAUAAUUAUUUUCCAA